AUUAGUAUUUGUAGUAUAGUGGUACCGCGGUGAUACGGGCCUCCCGGUAACGUGGGGCUCUGGUUGUAAAGUAGCGCGAAGUAGCCUUUCUUUGUCCUAAUAGUCGAGUUACUACAGUAUUCGUAAAUAUUCUGGACGAACUAGACGUCUAGCACAAAAGUCAUGCUUCUCACCGUAUUCACAUCAUCCGCUAUACGUAUUCGCACCGAAUUGACACCAAAGUAUUGUUUCGCACUGUAUUCGCACCAAAGCGAACCGAAGUCGGACCGGAUUCUGUCUAUUCAAUUAGACUACUGCCUCACUAAGUAGCAUUUCUUACCUAAUUCGGGCCAAAUUCUCUUAGCCACUUUCGUUGUUGUCUGUCCAAGUGUCCUCCUGAGUUGGAGCUUCGAUCACUAGAGAUCGAUGCCUUCGUGGAACAAUUUAGAACUGCUCAAGACCAUUUCCUCCGGAAGUGCUUGGCAAUCCGGCCGUAGGCCCACACCAAUGGACGUGACGAGGUUCAAAUUUGCAUACCUUCUGUGAUGCAUUAUUUAUUUAUUAAAUUACAUUGUCUUUCUAGAUCCUGUUCCGAUGACGGCCAUCUCGAACGCGUACGAGUGUACCUUCCAUUUGAGAAGGUAUCACAGCCUCUACUACACUCUCGGUUCUGCCUCGUUCUCCUCGGCAACAAUCCGGAAUCUCUUACAGCGUUUAUCGUUUAUUCACGACUUCUACUCAGAGGUCGAGCUUCACGACGCAAGGAUUCUCGAGUUCGGUGGUGGACCUACGAUUUACAGCCUCAUCAGUGCGGCUCCUUACACUAGAGAGAUUGUCUUUACCGACAUCAAUUCGCAAGCACUCGAAGAGAUCAGGCGUUGGAAGGAGAGUCAGCCGGAUGCGUUGGAUUUUAGUGACGUCAUUGGUUACGUGGUCGGGGAGCUAGAGAAAAGGGACCCAGAAGAAUGUCUACGUAGGACUGAAAGUCUAAAAAAAUUGAUUACGAGAUUGGUGAAGUGCGACUUCCGGCAACCACACGAGCUCUUCGAAGAAGACAAGAAUCCUCAGUUUGACGUCGUUUCCGUCCAUUUCUGUCUGUGUUGUUCGGCCUCUCUGGAUGAAUACACAAGCAACCUAGUAAAAUUAUCCAAACUGCUACGACCGGGAGGAUAUUUGCUGCUGUCGGAUGCGUUGGAGGAGAGACGGAAGAAAGUAGGUGAUGGCAUAUUCUCUAGCAGCCUGUUUCUGACUAAAGACGCCUUGCUGGAGUCUCUAAAACGUCAUGAUCUAUUCGUGGAG